UGCUCCCCCCGCGGGUGGGUGGAAUGGCACGGCCCGCCAGUCCCGCGCGGCCGAACCCGGAAGGCUCUGCGGCGCACAUGGGCGCGGGGGCCGGUGUUGGGGCGGGCGGUGCAGCCGCCGGUGCGCUGGGCGCUGCCGUGGCGGCUCUCUACAUGGCCACGCUGCCGCCUGCCCUGCCCGGCGGGGAUGCGGGGGAGCUGAUCACAGCCGCAUAUGAGCUUGGAGUCGCCCACCCUCCCGGCUACCCCCUGUUCACGCUGCUAGCCAAGCUGGCAAUGGGGCUGCUGCCUGUCGGCUCCUCUGCCUUCCGAGUCAAUCUCCUCUGCAGCUUGUUGGGAGCAGCUGCCGCUUCUUUGCUUUUUUACACGGUUUUCAGGCUUUCUGGCUCAUAUGCUGGAGGAAUCCUUGCUGCGGGGGUGUUUUCAUUUUCUCGUCUAACAUGGCAGUGGUCCAUCACAGCAGAGGUUUUUAGCUUAAACAAUCUGUUUGUGGGGCUGCUGAUGGCUCUCACCGCUCAUUUUGAGGAGGCAUCCACCGCAAGAGAGAGAUCAAAGAUCUCUAAAUUUGGUGCCUUUUGCUGUGGGCUCAGUUUGUGCAAUCAGCACACGAUAGUGCUUUAUAUUGCUUGUAUUGUGCCUUGGGUUCUCUCACAGCUUUUCAGAAAAAUGGAAUUGUCCCUAGGCCAUUUGCUGAAGUUGGGUUUAUGCUUCUUGGCUGGUUUGCUGCCUUAUCUCUAUCUGCCGGCUUCGUCCUACCUCAAUCGAGCCCGCUGGACAUGGGGAGACCAGACGACUUUUCAAGGAUUUUUGACCCACUUUCUCAGGGAAGAAUAUGGGACAUUCAAUCUGGCCAAGUCUGAGACAGGAUCCAGUAUGAGAGAGAUGCUGGCUUUUCAGGUGGCACAGAUGAAGUCAGAGCUCUCCCUUCCCGUCCUUGCCCUGGCACUCGUGGCCUGUGUGAACACAGCACUGCCGACAAAGCAGCAGAAAUCACCCGUGAUCUGGCUCUUUGCUGGAAUGCUCUGUCUUUAUUCCUUCUUCUUCUCUUGGAGAGCAAACCUGGAUAUUACGAAACCUCUGUUCCUGGGUGUGGUGGAGCGAUUCUGGCUGCAGAGCAGUGCUGUGGUGGCUGUGCUGGCAGGGCUGGGGCUGGCCACACUUGCCUCAGUUGGAAGCACCAUGCUGGAGAGCAGCCGUGUGCUGCCAUGGCUGGAGUGGCUUUCCACUCUCACUCUUGUCGCUUCCCAAGUCUGGGCAAAUUACAGCACUUGUGAUCAGAGCAACAACUACGUUGUUGAUAAGUUUGCAAGGAAUGUGCUGUCCUCAAUGCCAACGGGUGCAGUGAUCUUGCUAAGAGGAGACUUACCUGGGAAUGCUCUUCGUUAUAUUCACUAUUGCGAAGGGAUGAGGCCAGAUAUCACUCUAGUGGACCAAGAGAUGAUGACUUAUGAAUGGUAUUUACCCAAGCUGGCAAAGCAUUUACCUGGCAUUUAUUUUCCUGGGAACCAGUGGAAUCCUGUGGAAGGAGUAUUACCUGAUGGGACACUUGCUUUUAAUCUCCAUCGUUUCCUCAAAGUAAAUAAGCAUAAAGAAGUGUUUGUCUGCAUAGGUCUUCAUGAAGGUGACUCAACCUGGAGAAGGAGCUAUUCUCUUUGGCCAUGGGGUACGUGUGAGAAGUUGGUUCCUUCCAAUAUUGUGUUUGACCCAGGAGCGUGGAUUCAUCUUACAAGAAAUCUCUAUAACUGGACCGAAGACUAUGGCAGUUUCAAGCCUUCUUCCUGGGAAGCUGUUGCCAAUGAGGAGAUGUGGCAAGCCAGGAUGAAAACAGCUUUCUUUAUAUUUGAACUUGCUGAAACUGCCAGUGUCACUGCAGAAAUUAAAUCACAACUUUACACAUUUGCGUACGCUUCGUACAAAGAAAUUGUCAACUCUCAUCCAAAUCACCCAGUGAACUGGCACAAGAACUACGCCAUCGCCUGUGAGAGGAUGUUGCGUCUCCAUCAGGUGGAUGUGGAUCCUGAAGUGUUGCUCUCUGAAACUGUGAAACAUUUCCUUCUGUACACUGAGAAAGCGGAGGAUGAUCCCCAGCGGCAGGAUAUUCUGCAGGCUGUGAAGCACCUGAAGAAAGAGCUGCAGGGGCUGAGGAAAAUGAAAGAAGAUGUGAGGCGGGGAGCUGGGUAGCACCCAGUCCUCCACCUGGGUGCUGAAGUGCCGAAAUUUUGAAGUCAGGACUUAAAAUCUGAAUUAGGCCUUGACAACGUGAGAAUGGUUCUAAAAAGUGCCAGAGGUGUCAGUGAAGAGGAAAUCAAGUGUGGUUGCUUCUGCAGGAACUGUUGUUUGGUCUUUUGAUUGCUGUUGCCAAAUGAACUGUUUGUGUUGUUCUGUGUGUGUGGAAAACAGCUCAUCACUAAAUAAAUUACUCUGUUUCAAAAAGGAGAGUUUUCUUCUUAAAAGAAA